AUGGAAACGUACCGUGGUCUCCCACUAAUUGCUACGUGGUCCGAAUCAGAAGAUUGUCGAUGGACCCUGCCGAUUAAUUCGCCCGAAAUAGCGGGUAAGUUGGAGGAAAAGCAGUUGGAUUGGCGACGUAAGCCGCAGACCGCCAGACUGUCGAAAGCCGAUGCCCUGACCUCAUUGUCAAAGGUCCUAGAUCACACGGCUGGCCCUGUCGACAUGAGAAAGCACGAUCUCGCCAAGAAGGAUGCUUCAGAUCGAACAAAAUGGAGGCAUAAAGUACAAAAUAGGCAUUGUGGUCACCCUACUUGCAAAUGUUGCAAUCAAGAGAAAGUCAGCCUCCGUCAUCUAGCCGCAAACGCCAGAACGGAACCUGACAUACAACAUGGUGAGUACGGCGCAUCUCACAGCGAUCAACCCAGUGAUAGCAAAGCCGACGUGGUGGCGAGAAUACGGAACAGGGUGGAGAGCGUCGAUCCGAACAAAGCCAGAGAGCUUGGUGGAGUCUUUCUCUUCAAUAUAAUUAAGGGCACGUCAGUUUAUUCAUGGACACUAGAUUUGAACAAAGUGACGGUAUACGAAGGUGAACCAGACGAAGAUCCAGAUACAACUUUCACACUCAAUGAGCAUUACUUCAAACAGCUGGUCUUUGGCAAGGAGGACCCGAGAGUGAUCAUGCAGGCUGGUAGGUGUUCCGUCACUGGAGAUAUAAUGCGGGCAAUGAAACUUGAACCAUAUAUCAAAUUAGAAUAA